AUGGGGACCAAGAUCCCAAUUUCUUCACAGCUUAAAGAGGCUCUUCGCUUCCUUCUAAAAGCCCAAGCCGAACCAGCACACCACCAUUCGUGCGGACACAGCACACAGCACAGGAGCUCAGAAUGGAUUUUUGAAACAGAUACAUGGUCACAAUUACAAGCCCUCCGACAAACACUCUGCCAAAGACCUGCAAUUCCAAAGAUCCCAGCAGCUUCCCUCGCCCACAUCGAAGCAGUAAUCCAAUACAACAACCAGCACAAACUACUCACAUCCACAACAUCCAUCAAGACCGACGUCACAAUCCAACCCCAAACAUCAAAUAGCAGUCCUCUGCGCAUCUCAUGCUGGAAAGGCGAUAUCACCACUUUGUCAGAAGUCACUGCUAUAGUCAACGCCGCUAAUUCCCAGCUCGAGGGCUGCUUCCGCCCUGAACAUCUUUGCAUCGAUAAUGUCAUCCAUUCAGCCGCGGGCCCCCGCUUACGAGAUGCCUGCCACGAGCUUAUCAAAGCACAAGGACAUCCAGAGCCGGUCGGAUGUGCAAAGGUGACCCCGGGAUUCCUUCUUCCGGCCGAAUGGGUUCUGCACACCGUCGGCCCGCAGCUGGAUGGCAGAGAGAGCCCGAAACCGCACCACAAAGCCCAGCUUGCUUCGUGCUAUCGAGCUUGCUUGGAUGCGGCGGACGCGCUGCCCCCUCUGCCAGAUGGCCGGAAGGUUGUCGCCUUCUGCUGUAUCUCCACAGGCCUCUUUGCGUUCCCCUCUGCUCUUGCUGCGAGCAUUGCCGUUGAGACCGUGGUGUCCUGGUACCAGGAACAUAGCUCGACAUCUACCAUCACGGAUAUCAUCUUCGAUACGUUCCUCGAGAAAGACCGUCUUCUCUACCGGGACUUGCUAUCUGGAUUGAAGCAGAGUUGUUCUGAUCUGGAAACUCCCUCGCAGUUAAUUUCACCACCGUCUCUUCGUCAGACGCCUAAUUUAAAUCCAUCUAUCUUGAAAGCACGCGCUUGGCUCGAAGAUGCAUCGUCCCUCAUUAUCACUGCUGGCGCGGGCCUCUCUGCUGCGGCAGGCCUCGACUAUACCUCGACCGCUCUAUUCGAUUCCCAUUUCCCGGCCUUCAAGGCAAAGGGUCUGCGGCGAUUGUAUGAUGUCUUCGGAUACGGUGGCUGGGAUAGCCCAGGACAGAAAUGGGGUUACUAUUUCUUGCACUUGGAUAUGGUACGCAAGUGGCCCGUUUCGCCGAAAUAUCAGCUCCUGCGUGGGCUAACGGAUCGGUUUGCGGAUGGAGGAAGAUAUCAUAUCCGCACCUCGAAUGCGGAUGGGUUCUUCGUCAAGAAUGGGUUUCCAGAUGAGAAGAUCUCGACGCCUCAAGGUCAAUAUAAGUAUUUGCAGUGCUUUAAGAAGUGUCGGGCUGAUGCGGUUUUUCCUUCUGGACCUUUUGUUGAUGCGGCUUUGCCAUUCAUUGAUCCUGUUUCUCAGGCUUUGACUGAUGAGGCGUUGGUCCCGACAUGCCGGUUUUGUGGCGGAGAGCUGACAAUUUGUGUGCGUGGGGGUGGUUACUUCAAUCCGGGCCCUUAUAUCGGACAGGAAAGGGUUUGGAAGCAGUUCUUCAAGGAAUUGGAAGGUGAUGAACAGUCUGGUGGGACUGUCAUUUUAGAGCUGGGAGCUGGUUUGAAUACCCCCGGCGUAUUAAGGUGGCCAGAUGAAGAUGCUGUAUCUGAAUCGUCAAGUCGACAGUUUCGGUUGAUUCGUGUUGGAAUGGAGGCUUCGGGAUGUGUUCCUUGGGAACUGGAGGAAGAUGACUUGGCGAUUGGAGUUUCAGGAAAUAUUGACGCGGCUUUGGAGUUACUAUUGUCAUAG